AUGCAUCCCAGUUCAGCUACCUCCACACCUUUUUCCGUGAAGGAUAUUUUGAGACUGGAGCAGCAGCACCAUGCCUAUGAGAGUGAUUUUUUAGGGGCUGACCAAGUUGUGCCGCUGCACCAUCAGCAAAUGCAGACUGCGCCUCCAAACAGCGACUUUUAUGAGCCGUGCGUCUCUGAAAUGCAAAGUCAGCUCGAAGCAAAGAGGGAGAUGAAUGAGGAAGACACGAGCGGUCUCCACAGUUCACCUGAGUACGACAGGAGAGGCGCAAACGGCGGAGCCAGGGCGCGCAGGAAGCCGCGGGUCCUCUUCUCCCAGGCGCAGGUGUCCGAGCUGGAGAGGCGCUUCAGGCAGCAGCGCUACCUGUCCGCCCCGGAGAGGGAGCACCUGGCCCUGCUGCUCAAACUCACCUCCACGCAGGUGAAGAUCUGGUUCCAGAACAGGAGGUACAAAUGCAAGCGGCAGAGGCAGGACCAGUCCCUGGAGCUGGUGGGCUACCCGGCGGCGCCCCGGAGGGUGGCGGUGCCAGUGCUGGUGCGGGACGGGAAGUUCUGCGGCGCGGGUUCCGGUCCCGCACCGUACAAUGUGACAUUUGGACACAACGCCGUGUUUGGAUAUGGAAACAGCGGGGUGUAUUCCUGCAGCUUUGUUUCCCCCGCAGCGCAGGUGUCCAACGAUUUACUGGGAAACGACGAAGGUUCCUUCAGCCACGGACAUUUCCAGGCGCUUUACAGGGUGUGA